UAUUCAGCUAACUUGGGAAAAAAGCUUUCCUGUGUUUCCUCUUCUAAUUAAAAUCCCUCCGACUAGGGGUGGCCAUUACAGUCUGAUACACCAAGUCGAAGGAACCCUAAAAACCAGAGAAGAAAAAGAAGCUCAGAAAUCGAAGCAAUCAAAUCAUGAGUCGAGGAAGCGGAGGCGGAUACGAUCGUCACAUCACGAUUUUCUCACCCGAAGGUCGUCUCUUCCAAGUCGAGUAUGCUUUUAAGGCUGUUAAAGCUGCUGGGAUCACCUCCAUUGGUGUCCGGGGAAAGGAUUCAGUAUGUGUUGUGACCCAGAAAAAAGUCCCGGACAAGCUUUUGGAUCAGACAAGUGUCACACAUCUUUUCCCCAUCACUAAGUUCCUAGGGUUGCUGGCUACUGGAAUGACAGCUGAUGCGAGGACCCUAGUUUCGCAAGCAAGGAAUGAAGCAGCUGAGUUUCGUUUUAAAUAUGGAUACGAGAUGCCUGUGGAUGUGUUGGCUAAAUGGAUUGCAGACAAAUCACAAAUCUAUACUCAACAUGCUUACAUGAGGCCACUUGGAGUAGUGGCUAUGGUUUUGGGCAUUGAUGAAGAGCUUGGACCUCAACUCUACAAGUGUGACCCAGCUGGCCAUUACUUUGGUCACAAGGCUACAAGUGCUGGAUUGAAGGAGCAAGAGGCCAUCAAUUUCUUGGAGAAGAAAAUGAAGAAUGAGCCUUCAUUCUCUUACGACGAGACUGUGCAGACUUGUAUUUCUGCCCUGCAAUCAGUUCUGCAAGAGGAUUUCAAGGCCACUGAAAUUGAGGUUGGAGUGGUGGUAAAGGAGAACCCUGUCUUCAGAGUGUUGUCUACCGAAGAGAUUGAUGAGCACUUGACUGCUAUAAGUGAGCGAGACUAAGUCCUAGGCUAAAGCCAAAAUUGCCUGGAGAUGCUCAAAUUCGAAAGUUCGCUGGACAUUUUCGCAUCCCAUUUAAAAUAUAAUGUUCACUUAAAACUAUGAGCGAUUUGGACAGGAUAUUUACUCGUGUAACUUUUCGUUAGUUGAAUUACUGUUGUAAGAUUUUCAAAAUUCACUGUCUUCCAUGAUUUGUAGUCUUUUUCCAGAAUUACUAGUUGAGUUGAACUUAA